UUGUAUGCACAAAAUUCCAUUUAAUGUGAUAAUGUAUGAGUGCCGGCCGGCCAGCAGACAGUGCGUGCGCUCUUACAUUGUGCGCGCAGGGUUCCCAAGGGGGCACCCACACCCAAUGCCGCACGGGGGCUAACCUCAGAAAGCGGAGGGGCUCCUCGGAACCGUACGCAGUGAGACUUCUUCACACUGACAACUGGCUGAGCUGAGCGCUGAAAAGUCUAGAAAAAUGUCAGUAACCAAUGCGCAAGCGCAUGGCUGAACUAGUAGCCCACCUCUCAUUCGAGGCACUCUCGCCAUAGAUGGACUAGGAGUGAGAGCCUGGGCGGCAAUACUGUAUGAAUGGGUGAAAAGUUUACAUCUCUUGUACGUCUCUUUAUGGCGUAGCCUAUCCUUAAUGAGCACCAGAGACUGUGACUGCCAUGCUCUAUUCGAUUUUAGUCUCAUGGUCUAGUUUCCAAAAUUUGAGUCUACUGUAGAACAGUCUUGAGAAGAUAACCUCAUGACACAUUAGAAGAGGAUAAAAAACUAAUUGCUGGGCUGGUGGACUGGACAGAGGGACAGGGGGAGAAUCCGUGAGAAUACUCGCAUGGCACGUAUGGAUUACAUGUAAGGCCAGUGUUGGUUUCGCUGCAUCUCUGGGGGAAAGUCAUCCGAGAAGCGUAUUUUCAGGAGACCAUGGACAGCCUCGCUUCCAUGCCAGAGGGAUUCCGCUCAGCCUGGAUUGAUGUUGGAUUUACCCGGGGCUCCGAGAGCUCACAGCCGUGAAAUUGAGAGUGAAAGACGCGCUAUGAAAUAAUAGGCUAUUUGUAAGAUUGGUGCCAAAUGUAGGCUAUUUAUGUUCUGGAUAUUUGAUAAUGUUUUAUUUUCUCAACAAGCGUUACUAACGCUACUUGGAAUCUUGUGAUCAACUUCAAACAGAGAACACUUUUAAAAGGAGCGCUUUGGUGACAAAUUUGUGGAUCUAUUGAAUUAGGCUGUAGGAUUACCCACUGAAUUCCACUGUCAAAUGAUAGUUUCAAAGUCGUUCGUUUUGUUUCCAUUUUGUUGCCUCGCAAUUUCAUUUAAUUCAUUCACCGUAUCACUUUGUUAACCAGGUUCGAGCCUGAGAGUAAGAGAAAGAAAGCCUCUGUCUCAUAGCGCGCCCAGUGUGCACACGGGCACCAUGGUCGGGAUGUGGGGUGGCGGAGGUCUCCCAAUGUCUGUCACCGUGGUUGUGACUCUGCUCCUGGCUAUUAUUGACGUGAAGGCGAGUGGGGAGUACUGUCACGGUUGGCAUGACACCCAGGGCACAUGGAGAGAGGGCUUCCAGUGUCCGGAGAAGUUCGAUGCUGAGGAUGCCAUCAUCUGCUGCGGGAAAUGCGAGCUGCGGUACUGUUGCUCCAGGAAUGAAGCACGGCUGGACCAGGGGACUUGUGACAACGACAAGCAAGCCCAGCAACCGGGCACCGACAGCAAAGAGAACAAGGAGACGGGCGCAGUACCCAUCUACGUUCCCUUCCUGAUCGUGGGCUCUGUGUUCGUGGCUUUCGUCCUGGUGGGUUCCGUGGUUGCUGUUUGUUGUUGCCACUGUCUCCGCCCCAAACAGGAACUGUCGUCAGGGGGCGGGGGAGGAGGCGGGUCUGGUGGCGGCCGUCUCCUGGAGACCAUUCCCAUGAUGGCUAGCGUGGGCACGUCUCGCGGUUCCUCUUCCCGCCAAUCAAGCACGGCCACCUCGUCCAGUUCCUCUGCCCCUCCUGCCCAGGUGCCUCGCCCGGCCCCUCAGCCCAUGAUGCGUGCCCAGGCCUCCUGCUGUCUCCCUCCAGACGCCAGUGUCUUCGUCAACAUGCCGACCAACUUCUCCGUGCUCAACUGCCAGCAGGCCACCCAGAUCAUGCCCCACCAGGGACAGUUCAUCCACCCCCAGUACAUCGGCUAUGCCACCCACCACAUGUCCCCACCCCAGGGGGUCUACUUGGACCCCACCCAGGGGGGCUACAGACAGCUGCAGUCCCCCUACCCCCCACCCACCAGUGUGGCCAGUGUCACCAGCGAGCAGAAGUACCCUCCAGUAACAGUUUAAGCCAUUUUGGGGACUGUGUGUAACAGACUUUGUGAGGGCUAUGUGCCUUAUGGGAACUGUGUGAGAAACCUUAUGGGGACUGUGUGAGAAACCUUAUGGGGACUGUGUGAGAAACCUUAUGGGGACUGCAUGAGAAACCUUAUGGGGACUGCGUGAGAAACCUUAUGGGGACUGUGUGAGAAACCUCAUGGGGACUGUAUGAGAAACCUUAUGGGGACUGCAUGAGAAACCUUAUGGGGACUGCGUGAGAAACCUUAUGGGGACUGUGUGAGAAACCUCAUGGGGACUGUAUGAGAAACCUUAUGGGGACUGUAUGAGAAACCUUAUGGGGACUGUAUGAGAAACCUUAUGGGGACUGUAUGAGAAACCUUAUGGGGACUGUAUGAGAAACCUUAUGGGGACUGUGUGAGAAACCUUAUGGGGACUGCAUUAGAAACCUUAUGGGGACUGUAUGAGAAACCUUAUGGGGACUGUAUGAGAAACCUUAUGGGGACUGUGUGAGAAACCUCAUGGGGACUGUGUGAGAAACCUCAUGGGGACUGUAUGAGAAACCUUAUGGGGACUGUAUGAGAAACCUUAUGGGGACUGUAUGAGAAACCUUAUGGGGACUGCAUUAGAAACCUUAUGGGGACUGUAUGAGAAACCUUAUGGGGACUGUAUGAGAAACCUUAUGGGGACUGUAUGAGAAACCUUAUGGGGACUGUAUGAGAAACCUUAUGGGGACUGUGUGAGAAACCUUAUGGGGACUGUAUGAGAAACCUUAUGGGGACUGCAUUAGAAACCUUAUGGGGACUGCAUUAGAAACCUUAUGGGGACAUUGGGAGCUCGCCAGCUUGGAGAGAGAAUGAUAUGGACUCAGGCUCACACAGAGGACUCGUAAAACCCAAGCUGGGAUCUGUGCCUGACCAGCCACAGUGUGUUGCAUGUGUCUGUCCUACAUGUGUGUGAUAUGUAAAGGUUUGGCAGAUUUGCCUCAGGGUAAUGAUUGUGAGUGAGCUGACCUCACCCCAAGAUGGAGGCAGGGGUAUGUCUGUCUGGUUGUCCUCAUUUGGCAACACAUAGAGGGGUGAUGCUGCCCACCAGGGCCAAUGACUCGCAGCAGAGUGUGUGGGUUUAACGUCUUGAAGUUUGUCAGUGUAGCCUUUGUUGUAUGUGUUUGUAAAUGAGUGAAUGUGUGUAUGUACAGUACGAGUGAGGGUGCUGUGACCAGUGUGGCUAUGUGUGUAUGUACAGUACGAGUGAGGGUGCUGUGACCAGUGUGGCUAUGUGUGUACAUGACUAUAUGUACAGAAUGUGAUGUGUGUGUGUUACUGUAAGUAUAUGUGUGUGUGUGUGUGUUACUGUAAGUAUAUGUGUGUGUGUGUGUGUUGCUGUAAGUAUAUGUGUGUGUGUGUGUGUGUGUGUGUGUGUGUGUGUGUGUGUGUGUGUGUGUGUGUGUGUGUGUGUGUAUAUGAGUGUAUAGUAUGUGUGUAUAUGAGUGUAUAGUAUGUGUGUAUAUGAGUGUAUAGUAUGUGUGUAUGUGUGUGAGGACGUGUGUAUAUGAGUGUUUAGUAUGUGUGUAUAUGAGUGUAUAGUAUGUGUGUAUAUGAGUGUAUGGUAUGUGUGUAUAUGAGUGUAUAGUAUGUGUGUAUAUGAGUGUAUAGUAUGUGUGUAUAUGAGUGUAUGGUAUGUGUGUAUAUGAGUGUAUAGUAUGUGUGUAUGUGUGUGAGGAUGUGUGUAUAUGAGUGUUUAGUAUGUAAUGGGAAAUGCAGGCGGUGUGAUGUGAAAAACAGUCCCUCUCUCCCUGUAGGCCGGUUGAUGUCUAAUGAAGUGAACACAGGACACAGACUGUGACGCUCCAGCCUUACACCCCC